UGGAGGAUUUUCCAUUUUACGCUCCAGUUUCCAGGACGUGUCUCGGCGAUGUUUAGUUGAGGGUUGGAAGAGGGAGCACUCCUUGCUCUUCUGGGGAACAACCAGAUCUAUUUGCAUCCACCCAGGAGAGCCCUGGCUAACCGUUCCACUGGGAAAACGGGAGCUGUGCCGAUGCAGAGGACGUUUGACCGAAGUUCUCAAAGCUAAAGAGGGGUCUGGAUGGAGGAGAUGGGGGCGAAACUGUGUUCCCAUUGUCAAAAGGCUUUCUUAAAAAAUAAAAAUACGGUCCGAUCGCCGCAGUUGAAGCUGUGGUCUCUGUGGUGGAUCUUUAACUCAACCGGUUAUUACCUGGUGGUUUACUAUGUGCAGAUCCUGUGGGAUAACAUUCACCCGUCCAGGGAAAACCGAGGUGUCUACAACGGUGGUGUGGAUGCAGCCGCAACCCUGUUAGAGUGAGGUCAUUUACUCCAAAAGGUGUGAUUCUGGCCUUUGCUGCACCUCUUGGGAUUUACACCGGUCCAGAUCAAUGAGCUUGCCAGAGGAACUUGUUUACCAUCACGGAGGCUGCCAGUUCAAGCGUGGCAUUUUGUGGCAAAGAAAACCAAUUCUUAGAUAAACACCAUCCCCCCCACCUCCAGAACCAUGAAUCUGACCGAGAAUAACAUGGUCAUUAGUGCCAGAGUAGGAUCCAGUGUUCCCAAACUGGCAUGUACCAAGAGACAGGAGGCGAUGAAAGUGAUGACACUUGUUAAACUUGGCUGCCCAGAUUUCAGAGCAAGAGAUGUAAACAGAUCUCUCCACACCCCAAAAGCAAACCCCACAAGCUGUGCUUGGCACUGUG